CUCCUUUUCCAUCUUUUUUUGAAUUCAUCCCCACAUCUCUCUAUUUCACUACUUUCCACUCAUCUUGAUUCUUUUGCAGUAUUUCCCUGGUCUCGACUGCAUUACAUUUUAUAAAGUCUUUGCGACCAAAGACCAUAUCAUGUCACGGAGGACUUUUGGCACAGCCACAGUCCAAGGCGCAGCACAACAGUCCCAGGCCCCACAAAAGAGAUCAUGGAUCAAGACUAUUUUCGCCUUCUUUCCCUUCCUCGCAUUGGUCACAGGAGCAUGGCUGUAUGCCUUUCAUCUCGAUAGACUUGCCAAUCAAUCCAUGGUCCGUGCAAAGAAGAAUAUCGCCAGCGACAUAAAGUCUAGUUCACGGAUUGAGCAGUCCCAGUCAUCUUCUACAGCGCCGUCAACUUCUAAUCAAGAUGGCACUGUUAUUGGUGAUUCUAAAGACAAUAUCUUUUAUUUCGUUCAGGUCUCGGACCUUCAUAUUAGUCGAUUCAGAAAGGCAAGCACUACCAAUUUCUAUACCUUCCUCUCCACUGCACUACCAUUGGUCGAACCUGCUUUUGUAGUUGUCACUGGAGAUUUGACAGAUGCUAAAGAUAAGCAUCUUGUGGGAUCUAUGCAGUACAUGGACGAAUGGAUCACCUAUAGAGAUGCACUUGAACAGUCUGGUGUCUUGAACAAAAGGAAUGGCACUUUUUGGCAUGAUCUCCGUGGAAACCAUGACUGCUUCGAUGUUCCUAGCUGGGACAGCAAACAGAAUAUGUUUGCAGACAUGAGCGCUACCAGAGCUCCUGGGUUCAUGUUUGACGUCAAAACUGGGUAUGGUAAAUAUGGUUUCAUUGGAAUUGACGCAUGUCCAAAGCCUGGCCCUGCAAGGCCCUACAACUUUUUCGGUCUAUUCGAGACACCAGAUAUGGACAACUUAAAGCAGCGAUUGGAUUUAAGCAAGGGCAACAACCAUACCUUUGUAUUUUCACACUACCCAGUAACAACGACCAUGUUUGGUGAGACCUCUACUGGGGAAAGCUUUGCAGAUUUGUCCAAGGCCUUCAGUGUGUAUAUGUGUGGCCAUUUACACAAGCUCAAAUGGGGUCUUGGUGAUGCUCUUCAGACCUACCAGCCCACACAUUUCUUGGAAUUAGAAGUUGGAGAUAUGAAGCAGAGUGGGAUGUACAGGAUCAUGGUUGUCGAUCAUGACAUGAUUUCAUUUACGGAUGUUUCGAUGUCUAUGACUACCAUUCCACCCGCUCUCAUUCCCAGUCCAAAUGGGGGUAUCGCAGUCGAACCCGAUAAUAUUAAUAGAGCCGAGUCGCAGGACCAGACUGGAGAAGAAGAUAAAGAAAAGAUUCGACCUGCUCUAGGACCUAGGUUGCCCACUAAUCCCGUAGUCGUUGUUUCCAAUCCCAAGGAUUCCCGGUACUUGAUUCCAAAACACGAGCCCGUCAAUAGGAUUGCAACUAGUACGCAUAUCCGGUUUUUGGUAUGGACAGAUAAUCAAGUUCCUGACGGUGAUCAUGAAUAUAUACGUAAGGAUAUCAAGAUUGAAAUCUUGAUAGAUGGAAAGAUUCAUGAGAAUCCAGCAAGAUUUGCAGGAACAAGGGCUGAGGACAAAAGCGCAGACAACGAUUUCCUUCCACUCUAUGUCUCCGAAUGGGACCCACAGAGAUACAAUGAUGGAGAAGACCAUAGACUUGAGAUUAAGAUUAUGGAUCGAUUCGGCCGUGUUGGAAGUAGCAACACUUUGUUUAGAGUUGAUGGAGAACGUUCGGACAUGAAGGGAGGUUUUGGAGAAUGGAUUAUGUGGGCGAAUAUUGCAUUAUUGAUCAAGGCUCUCUUCACUACUGGCUAUCUUUCAGUGACCCUCGUUCUGCUGAUCCUACCAAAGCUGUAUUCGCUUUAUCUCCAGACAUCUCCUCCACCCCAACAACCACAGCCAAAGACUGCCAUCGAUAUGUCCUCAGAUUAUUCUGCAUUGCAGGAUCAGCCUCAGUUCAAGAAUAGAUAUGAUGCAUGGCUAGAUCAAAAGCGCCGUCAUCUAUAUCGUCUGUCUUCAACAUUAUCGUCAAACUCUACCGGUCAUCGAUUUUGGAAUCGUUUUGUCAACCAUACUAUCCAUGCACACGUCCUUCGUUUUGUGCACUUCUCAACUCAGCCAAUAUUGUUCUACACAACCCUGAUAUUUACACUUAUGUUGGUGACGGUACCACAUUUUUGGGGCAACUUUGUGCCUGCAGCAGGCGAACAGGGACAGGGAUAUUUUUAUUUACAGGGCAUCUAUUUGCCUCAUGCUGGUGGACAUUUGGGGGGAGGCCUUGGAGCAGCUAGUUUGGACCGUGCAGGACCUGAAAGAGUCCAUGAGCCUUUGAGGGUUUUGUCUGGUGCAAUUUCUUCUAUUACAAAGGGACGACUUAUGUCAUCAUAUGCUUCUUCAUCAUCGUCGAACCUGUCUUCGACACCCCAAUAUGACAGUACUGGAGGCACUUGGAUCCCAAUGGCAGAUACUUGGAUGAGUACGAUCUGGACCGUAACUUAUGAUCUCGUCAUCUUUCUGUAUUAUCUGACAUUAUGCGCCACACCUUCUGGCUAUCUGUAUUCACCCUCCAAUCCUCAUCGUUUAAGACCUUACCAUCGGACAUGGUACAUUCGAUGUCUUAUCUUUGGGAUCUGGGUAUUCCGAUGCUGUUCUGUCUUGAUGACUGCAGAGCUCUAUGGUCCCAGUGUAGUCUGGACAGGGAUUGGUACAUGGUGGCUCAUUAUUGUAGGCUGGAUGAUGUUCACUGUUGGAUGGAGUCGUUCACGUGUGGAGCGCGAUAUAUUACUCAGGAGAGGAGAUGAUGGUGAUGUUGAAGUGAAAGUAGAAGGAAAUGAAGCGUUUGGUACAAGCAUGUCUACGGGAGAUGAAAAAGCCGCCUUAUUCAUUCAAAAGAGUGGCCAUUUUACAGAGGAGUAUGAUGGCGAGGAACUAGGGGAUGGUGUAUCUGUAAGAGAUUCAGAAGCGAAAAACAAACGACUACCAAGGACUAGAAAAGAUUCCAACGACGCAUAGAUCUUGUAAUUCAUAGAACUCCUAAAUGUAUAAAUAUUAAUUUGAU